GUUGAUGCAGAAGCUGACUGGCGAGUUACACAGGCAAACCCGAUGGUUCGUCCAGCGACUCGAACCAGCGAUGAUGCUUGUGCACAAACAGAACUCUUUUCUAAUUUUUUGUGUGGACUUGCCUGUCGAGACAACUGGUUUACUUCUCGAGGCAGCCGUCCAGAACAGUUGCGCUUCAAUUCUCUUUGUCUGCAAGCCUCCUUUUCUCUUGUCCACUACUUCACCCCUCUGCAUCUUCUCCUUUCAUUUCCGCCCACUUUCCAACUCCCCUCACUUCAUCAGUGUCUUUCUGCUCAUUCGCUUUCUCAUAUCUCGGUUCAUCUCGAGAUUAUCCCAGAGACUUUGAUUUCAAGGCCAUGCCAUUUAAGUCUCCCUCCUGUUUAUACCCGAGAGUCUCUGAGCCCGGCCACCGUCUUCGGUCCUGUCAAUGGCUACCUGGACGGAUAA